AUGGCGACGGGAUCCCCCCCCAACUACUACGCUAUCCUUGAAAUUGCGGAAACCGCAACGACGGCGCAAGUACGGGAUGCCUACAAACGCGCCGCCUUGAAAACGCAUCCCGAUCGAGUCUCGGCCGAUUCGCCUGAACGGGCCAGCCGAACCCGCAGGUUUCAACUCGUCAACGACGCGUACUACACUCUUUCCGAUGCCACCCGUCGGCGAGACUACGACGCGCAGCGAAAGCUCUUCGCAUCUUCCCCCGACCGAGACCCGUUUGAGGAAGCCGACGAGGAGAUUCCCCACCCGACCGGAGGCAAUCCCUUCUCGUGGGCCUGGAACUUCUUCAACGGCCAGGCUUCCGGGGGUCAAGCCGCGCGCGAAGAAGCGGAGAAUGCGCAGUUCAGCAACGUGUUUGAGGAGAUGAUGCGCGAAGAGGGCAUGGCGGAGGACGAUGGAACAAACCGGCCAACGGGCAAGUUCUGGGGCGUGGUUGGGGGUUUGAGCGGCGGCGCCUUGGGCUUCAUCGUUGCCAAUGUUCCGGGCCUGGUGGCGGGAGCAGUGGCGGGUAAUAGGCUCGGUGCGGUGAGAGACGCCAAGGGGAAGAGUGUGUAUGCUGUGUACUUGGAACUGCCGCCGGAUGACCGUGCGAGAUUGCUGAGCCAGCUUGCUACGAAAGUGUUUAGCCACGUCGCCGGGAUAUAA